GAUGGAGGGGUCCGGUUGGUAGGAGGUGGGGUUCAACCCGGGGUAAGUUCCUGCUUGGGCAUCUACUCGUUUGUGCUCGCCAGGCACCUAUUGGUUCUCGUUUCUCGUCCCGCUGCGAGGUCUAGCCUAAAUUUUUGCUCCCCAUUGGCUCUCUCGCUAAGCUCCGGCGCUCGUCGCUCCAGCCUAGCUCCCGUUUCUCCUUCUUUUGUCAUGCGGUCUCAUCCCUUGUCCAGCUUCGUUGAUAGGCGGGCCCUCCCUGCUCAUAGCCUCUCCGCACGCUUUGGCGCUGUUGCUUCGUCGGUCCCUAUUGUUUCGUCGAGCUAG